AUGGUGCCUACGCUCGACUACAUAUUUGUAUCAGAGUUCGACAAACUCAAAGGAGUGGUAGUGAAACGGCAGUUCCCCUCGUCUCCGGCUGUUGACCAGUUGGAGGGACUCAUUGACUUACUGAUGCCCUUGAACCUGCACAAGUAUUUGAAUACUAUCCAUUACACUGUUGUCCCCCUGUUCAUUGAUCCAGUGUCAGGACUGAUUUCUUGGCAGGAACAGACCAAAAACUGCGAAAGAAUCUAUCUCUACACCUUGAGCUAUUUUCAAGAAGACAGUUCCUACAGGAAUGGCACUGCAAUGGCUUUGUCGAUUCUUACUCGGCUGCCACUGUUUGAUACUUUCAAGCCUCUAAUGACCUAUUUACUCCACAAUGUGAUGGCAACGCCCGAUAAGUUUGAUACUGUUGAGCUGGCACUCAAGGAACUGAACAAAAUCAGGAUUGCUGAGCUCGUAGACGAAUUUAGGUUAAACAAGCAUGCAAGAUUCUUGCUAAGCCGUCUCGAUGACCUGAGCGUUUCUGUGCCCUCUCGCUUGACAGAGUUUACAAAAUCUGACCGGUUUUUCAGGUCCAAUCUGAAUCUUGGCAAGACCAAGUUCCCUCUUCAGAUUCCCGCAUUACCCCUGGUCUCGUCGUCAUGUGCUAUGUACGGUAUUGACUUGGCCAGAGAACGACUUUUGAGGGACUAUCUCAUUAAAAUGAAAAAUAUAGAGCUCGUUCUUCCAAAACAGCCAUCCUUGGUACCCUAUUCCUCGAUCCAGCCACUACAUGUGAUUUUCAACGCUAUUCUUACAAAGAAGAAAAUCGUGCUCUACUCCUACGACUCAUGCUAUAACGACUUGAUGGAUAUCGCUCAGGCGCUACUUCUUCUUGUUGAUGGAGAUUAUCCAUGCUAUCCGAUUCUAGAUCUUGCCACUUUGGACAUCCCUUUGCACCUGCCCCACUACAUUGUCGGAACCUCAAAUCUUCUAUUCAAAGACCGGCUGCCUUGGGAUUUAUUUCUUAGUGUCGACUCUAAUCAAUUAUUGGUUCGAGAAGAAGAGGACCUCUCUGAAAAGAAAGUACAAAAAAGGCUAUCUUCGGAGUCAAAGUUCAGGCAGCUUUUUAGAAGAGGCACUCCAUCUGUCCCAAUUAUAAAAGAGGGCAUCGAUCAUAUAGUGCUAGAUAAUUCCUGGGACCCAACAUUUCCACUGAUUGAUCCAGAAGCUGAUAAGGAGUUUUUUGCGCCCGUAACCGAGCCAAACUUCUUUUCAACAGGGUUCAGUUUCACGCCCUCUAUUCCUUCAAAUGCUGAACCGCCUCAUAUUCACACUCAAAUGAACCAGUUAGUAGACAAACUUGUGGCAGAUCAUCAUGGAGACCUGACGAUUUAUCAAGCAUUGACCAAAUACCUCUAUGAGCUUGAUUUUAUUGUCUUCAAAGCAUUCAAGUUCUACAUUAAUUUAAGCAAGCUGAAAAGCUAUAGACAUUUUGCUCUUUUGAAAUUGGAGGAACCGGACUUUGAAGAUUACACGUUAAUCCCAGAAUUACGACUUUUCAUAAGAGAGAACCAGGUUGUUCUCCCGCUGGCCAUCAACCAUCCUUACAAAGUGGAUAUGCCGCCACCAAUCAACAACAAACUGCUCGACUAUUAUACUUCAGUCGUGAAUCAAAACCACAAUUUAUUCAAAACUUUUCAAAAGAUAGAGGUACCAAGUGAUACCGUGUAUUAUUGGCUUGAUGGGUACUGUUUUGAGCUGGACCUUUAUCUUUUGUCGAAAGAGGUUUCCCAGCUUCUUGAGAGGGGAAAAGACGUUGGCUUCCCAAAACGCAAACUGUACCAGCUCUUUAGAGCCAUCAACCAGCUCCUGAAGUCCAGAACCAGCGGAGGAUUUGAAAAGUUUCUUGCGGCGCUAUAUGUGCAAUCUGGUGGCUUUGAAUCCUUUGAAAACCUGCUAAUAAUUGCCUCAAUCUAUAUUAACAAACCUCGCAACGAAAACGAUGAGGUGAUGAUUGAAUUCAAGCGGUUUCUUAGCCUGAUACUAAAUCACCAGUUCCUCACAGUUUAUUUGCUACCGCUUUUGAAUGAUUUUAUCAAACUUAGCAUAAACGAUUUUAUAGAUCAUCACAUGUACUAA